AUGAAUUCGCCACCGAAUUCCCUCCGAGCACAACAACUAAGAGACCUCUUGAUGAAAUCCGCCACGGACUGCCCCCCUUUGACCCAAGAACCGCCCCAAGGCCGGCCCGCAGUAGACGGCCCCCCUUCGCCGGCUGCCUCAGGUCCGGCCGUCAUGUCACCAUCCGACUCUACCGACACCGCCAUCACCGUCGGUUCUCAUAAUGAUAACGAACACGAGAACGACACCGAGAGUCUAACCGACAGUGUGAGGGAGCACAUGUAUGAGAACCGCCUGCGCUACCACGCAUAUCGCUCGGGCCGUUACGCCUUUCCCAACGACGCUACCGAACAGGAUCGAGACGAGAUGAAGCACAUUAUCAGCGUCGAGCUGUGUGGGAGGUACUUCUUCUCCCCCGUUGACGAUGUCUUGGCUAGAGGUGCCGAGGUUCUUGACUUGGGAACCGGUCCCGGCCACUGGCCCAUCGAAUGCGGCGGUCAACUCACAUGGGACUUUGCAGUGGCCGAUUUGAACCCCAACUCUACCUUUCUCGGCAUCGAUCUCUCACCCAUUCAGCCCCCCGAAGUCCCUCCCAACUGUCACUUCAUGGUCGACGAUAUAGAGCAUGAGAACGGAUGGGAUCUCGACAGAGAACAUUUUGAUUUCAUUCACCUUCGGCACACCCUGCACUCCGUUCGCAAUCGCCCGGAGCUCAUGCAAAGGGCAUACGAGCAUCUGAAACCCGGCGGGUGGUUCGAGAUCCAAGAACUCGAGUUCUUUCCCCUGUGCGAUGAUCAGUCUUGUCCGGAAGGGGACAAUUACGGCUUCCGAGUCUUCACCCAGUACCUAGAGGCAGGACUCAGGGCACUCGGCUCGGAGAUGCAUGGCAUCCGCGUCGCCGUCGACGAGAUGCAGGCUGCGGGUUUCGAACGUGUCGAAGAGGACCGGCGGAAGUGCCCUAUUGGCGACUGGCCGGCAAGGCCUGAACUGCGAGAGUGCGGCAUCUACAUGCGAGAAACGAUUCUGGAAGGCCUCAAGGGCCUGGCCACUCGGCCAUUCAGAGCCCUCGGCUGGACGGAAAUCCAAAUCGAAAUGUUCCUCUUGGGUGACAGUAUACGGGAGGAAACCGCUUGA